AUGCCUCCUCCUCGAAAGGUUUCUGAGUUUCUCAGACAAGGCAAUGACUGGUUUUGUAAAGCUGGAUUGCCGAGUGAUAUUACUGUUGUGGUGGAUGGUGUAAGCUUCCAUCUUCAUAAGUUUCCUCUCAUUUCAAAAUGUGGGAAGAUAGCAUGUAUAUAUGAAGAGUCCGAAAAGAAACAUGAGAAGGUUUUCACUACAGUUCUUGAGGAAUUCCCUGGUGGCCCUGACAUGUUUCUGAUUGCAGCUAAAUUCUGCUAUGGUAUGCGGGUGGAAUUGACUUCAAGAAACAUAGUAAUGGUGUACUGUGCAGCGGACUACCUUGAAAUGAUAGAUGAGUUUGGAGAAGAGAACUUACUCUCAAAGUCGGAGAACUUUUUCUAUAAGAAUAUACUGCACAACUGGAAAGACUGUAUCUUGGCUCUUCAAAGUUCUGAGCCCGUUCUUCAAAGGGCAGAAAAACUUCACAUAAUAAACAAAUGUGUAAAUGCUUUAUCUGUGAUGGUUUGCACAGAUCCUAGUUUGUUUGGAUGGCCCAUGAUGAUGUAUGGUAGCUUACAGAGUCCUGGUGGAAGCAUCCUGUGGAAUGGAAUUAAUACUGGAGCAAGGAUUCGAAGCUCUGAGUCUGAUUGGUGGUUUGAAGACAUCUCAUACCUCAGUGUGAGUUUGUUUGAGAGACUUAUCAAGGCAAUGGAGAUGAAGGGUAUAAGACCUGAAAACAUCGCAGGUGCUGUAAUGCACUAUACCAGAAAAUACCUACCCGGCCUGGGCAGAUGGCAGGGUGGACAACAUGGUAUACCCAGGACAGUUACAAGUUUUAGUUUUACACCUAUUGCCCUAGAUCAAAGGGUAGUUUUAGAAAGCAUUGAGAAACUUCUUCCCCAAAAGAAGGGUAAAUCAUUUUGCCGGUUUUUGCUCGGACUUCUUCGUGUUGCAUUAAUAUUGGGAGCCAGUCAAACCUGCAAGGACUCUUUGGAAAGGAGAAUAGGAAGGCAACUGGAAUUUGCAACUUUAGAUGGUCUUCUGAUUCCGACAUAUUCAGAUGCUGAGACAUUGUAUGAUACUGACACUGUUCAGCGGAUAAUCCAACACUUCAUGUCAUCAGAAUCGAAGGUUACACCAUUUUCUCCAGCAUCAGUUGAAGUGGAAACAUCUCCAUCGUCAGGUCCGUUAAGGUCAGUUGCAAAGCUGAUAGAUAGCUACAUUGCGGAGGUUGCUUCAGAUGUUACUUUAAAGCCUGAAAAGAUACGCUCUCUUGCAGUGGCUCUUCCAGAAUCGUCAAGAACUUUGCAUGAUGGGUUAUAUAGGUCACUUGAUAUAUACUUCAAGGCGCAUCCUUGGCUCUCAGAUAAGGAGAAGGAAGAACUUUGCAACAUCAUUGACUUCCAGAAACUUUCUAUUGAUGCCUGUGCCCAUGCAUCCCAAAAUGAAAGGUUGCCACUCAGAGUUGUUCUUCAAGUCCUGUUCUUUGAGCAGAUGCAUUUGAGAACUGCUCUAGCUGGUCAUCUGAAUGUCUUGGAAACUGAAAGUGCUCCUGCAGGUCCUGUUAAUCUCCAUGCUGAUACGGCUGGCCAGAUUAUACAGAGGGAUGGGUGGGUGACUAUGGUGCGUGAGAACCGGGUUUUAAAGGUGGAUAUGGACAAGAUGAGAUCUAGAGUUGGUGAGCUCGAACAAGAAUUUAGUAAAAUAAAGCAAGAGAUGAAAAAGGUGACCAAAUCACAUAGUUCCAUCAGUUCGCCUCGUGUGGUUGCCAGGAGAAUUGGUUGCAAUCUUCUUUCACGACCUUCAGAUGCUAAACCAGACACUAUUGGAAGUACUGGGCACUCCCCAAGAGCAUCAGUUGAGAAGGCACGUUUUUCCUGCCAUUCUAGACACAAAAAAAGUUUCUCAUUGUUUUGAGAGAUAGCACAAAGAAAUUGGAAGGCUGCCACUCUAGAGUUUCUGGUUGGUCUGCAGAAUGCUCGCAAAGGAAAAGUAAUUCCACAAGUAAGAUCAUCUCAACACCUUUGGAACGUUUCGAGCAUCCUUCACAUUUCUGUGAACCAACCAGAAUCGUAUCAGCAGUGUCCGGAGGGAGGACGGUACGAUUUAUUUAUACCAUAGAAGAUUGUUCUUUUACAGUUGGAUUUUGUUCAAGUAUGGAGAGAAAUUCUUUUUGGGUGGGGAUUCGGAGUAGGAACUAUUAAAAUCGUUAAAAAAAACAAAUAAAAAGAAGAAGAAGAAGAACACAGAAGACAAGUAAAUAUGUAUAUCUAUUACAUGGAAUGCUGCCAAUCCCACCAAAGUUUGAACUCAGAAUAUGUUCUCCACAUUUAGGGUUGGUAUUUGGUUCAAGGAAAUACACCUAGUUACCCAUAGAGAAAAGAAAUGUUGUUAUUUGAGUUUUUAGUUAGUUUGACAGUGAGUUUAUACAUGUACAUCUGCAAGAGUCGAGUUGUAACUUGUUAGUCUGAAAUAGUGGAAAAUAUCAUUGGUGUGUUAUGUUUA